UAGCUACUGCCACUGCCACUGCAUACAAACUACAACACAGCAUUUCCAUGGUAAAGGCUAAAAGCAGCUCCAUUCUGCCAACUGGGAAUUGUGUACUUCAACACUCACUGUAACCUUGAGAGUUGAAAGAUAAAGGAAGAAGAGGAAAGUUUCAAUACUUGGCUGAUUUGGAAUCACUAAAUUUGGGAUCAUUUGGAGUUGGUUACUGAAUUUGAGGAUAUAUAGAGGAUGCCAGACAUGAACGAAAAUAGAGUGAAGGCUCUUCUAGAACAGCGAGAUGCUGAACAAAAAAUUAUUAGUAGUAAAGACUAUACUGGUGCCAGGUUUAACUUACUCAAGGCACAACGGCUUUUUCCAGCAGUUGAUAACAUUAGCUCAAUGAUGACUGUCUGUGACAUGCUAUCUGCUUCCAAUAUGACGGUUCCUGGUUAUGGAAUUGAUUACUACUGGGUUCUUCAGCUUAAACCUUAUUCUACAAUGGAUGCUGUUAAAUCUCGUUGCCAAUGGCUCCUCACAUUGCUGCAACCUAUCAAGAAAACAUUUCCUGGCACUGAAUUGGCUCUGAAACUUGUAGCAGAUGCAUUCUCCAUUCUAUCCGACCAUGAGAAACGUUCUGCAUAUGAUUUGACAAGAAAAGCUUUUUGGGGGGAUAAUCAAUCUUUUAAUAAAAGAGAAUUAUCCUGUCAAAAUAUUGCAAGUACGGAAGCAAUGAGCAAUGCUCAAAACUCUUCUGUGUGUCAGAGUGGUUUUUCAAGCCAAAGUUUGGGUGGCAGCUGUAGAAAAACUAUGAUAUUUUCAGAAGACAUUGGAACUUUGGGAUUCAAACUUCAAAAUUCUCUUGAUGUUGAGCAGCAACAUGAUAGAAUUAUUUGUCAACAAUCAUCCAGUAAGGUUUCUGAGGAUUUGAAUUCUAGAGGGAACAUUAGAGGGGACACAGAUUUGUCUAUAGACGAUAUAAAGUUGUCAACAUCACAGCCCAUCAGUUUGGAGGAGAAUUUUUCUUGUUUUUCAAAACCUUUGGCACAGAAAAGGCCUUGUCAGGACUACUAUACCUUUGAGAAUGACAGAAAACCUGAGCAUUUCAAGGUAGGUCAGAUCUGGGGUGCUCAAUAUAGAGCAAAUCUACCUCAUAGUUUUCGGUAUGCUCGAGUUGCUUGCAAAUUAGCACGAUCAGUUCUUGUUACAUGGUUAAAGCCAAUCCCUAUUAGUGUUGGUGAGAGAAGAUGGUGUGAUGCUGGCUUACCUGUUGCUUGUGGGUAA